AUGAAUGAAGAAAUCAAAAAGAAAUUCUGUCACCUCUUAAUGUUUGACGUUCCCGAACCGGGACAACAAGACGCGAUCACAACUGGCGUCAAGGCAAAUGGUAACAAUGAAAUCGACGGAGACACAAUCUAUAUUUCCAAGGAUGAAAUAUCUCGAUCCUGUGUUUACCAUCCUUACGAUGACAUAUUUAAAAAUAUUGUCGCCGAAUCUUUUGGUCAAGGAACAAACGAUCAACAAAUAAUUGAACCGACUGACCUCAUCUUGCCAAACACCACUUCUUCGUCCGGUCUCAUCUCCGCUUCGAUUUUGGGUGUUCCGACGGACAAACAACCUGGGGUUGUUGCACAGAACAAAAGUCUGACCAACGCUGAGGUAUCCAAGGUGAUCUCAAAGAUGUGGUGGAAAGAAACCGAGGAGGAACGAUUCAAGUGGGAAAAAUUUGCCGACAGAAUGAAGUUGAAACAUAUGCAAGAUCAUCCCGACUAUGUUUAUCAGCCAAAGAAACCCGGUACCAAAAAAACCCGAAAGUCCUCUAAAGGUCGAGGCAGUCCAAUAUCCCAAACUUCUUCGACGACGACAUUUUCCGCCAUCUCCAAUUCAAACAGGAAUCCACCGUUGGCCGACGAGGCGAUGAUUACCGCGAUUGCCGAAUCCGCAUUCGCGGAGAGCAGGACAUCGACAUCUUCAUUUUUUCUAGCCAAUUCAUCACCGCCGUCCCCCACGUCAUUACCAUCUCCACUGCAGUCUGAAGAUGGCUUACCUUCGUCCGAGCGUUCACCCUCACCUCUCUUGAACCAGAAUAUUGCUCAAUCCACCGAUAAUUUACGCGUUCAACAAAAUCUUCAUGCUACACACAUAUUAUACACUCACCUACCACCGACUCCAACAGAGAUGGUUCAUUAUGAAAUUUCACCUCAAUACCUAGUACCCUCUUCCGACAGCAUCAUGAACAUUGAUCCAAUGUCCUUUUUUUCCGCAACACCAGAUUAUAUGUCACCACAUUCAUUAAACAAUCAUCAUGGUAUGGAUACGUAUUUGGAUCCUCAACCAGUUGAUAAAUUUAACUACUACAUGAAUCACGAACACCAAAGCCCAGCGUCUUCUUAUGCCACAAUUCAAACUUUUAAUUCUGACCAGGUGGUCGAAAGUUACAGUAAUCAUAAUGGCGGAGGAAAUAAUGGAAGUGCAGGCGGAAAUGGUUUGUUGGAUGAACUAUUUAGCAGCAACACAGUAACUGCAAGCACAACGCCCGGAAGCGAUGAUAUGGACACUUAUUUUGAGCCACAUCAAUUUCAAUCUGUUCCUUUUUCCAGGCGAAACAGUCUAUGUUGUUCUGUUUCCGUUGUAUAG